UUUUUAAUCCGAGUGUGUGUUUUAAAUCUUUCUUAUACUGCGCUGUUUUAAAAUUGGAGUCGCUGUUUCUUUACGGAGAAGAUUUACAGUCGUACUCUUCAGCUUCCUGUUUUGUUUUUCUGUCGCUCGGCUUCGGGUAGACAUGGAAGAAUUUGCGAGGCGCGGAGACAGCCAGAGCCUCCCCGUGAUAAAACGCACUCUCUUUAAACACCGGUGGACCUGUUAAACCCCGCAGAAGACACGGGCAGCAGUACCGAGCCUCACCCGUCCGUGGUGUCCGCGACAUGGCUCUCAGCUCGGGCGGCUGGGCUCCACCAGCCCCGAUUCCUGCCUCGUCCCCACAGGCUGCAUGCGGCGGCCCUGCACCUACCGCCUGCUGCAGUACAGUCUUAAUGUCCGUCCGUGUUUCGGUGUGCCAUUCCGGGAUCCGACCGCUGUACCUCCCCGGAGCGGGCAGCGAGGCUCUGCGCCUGCAGCUCAGCAUGGACCCGAGCCGGGCCGGAGAGUUCCGACUGGCUUUACGCGAUACGAGCGGAAACCGCAGUGUGUUUAUCGCAGAGUUUGACCUGCGCUCUGUGCAGUAUGAGGUCAAGUCCUCUCGCUGCCAUGAGAUGCGUCUUGUUGCUCCGCCUCACGACUGCAUCCGCUUCAACUUCCGCUGCGACCGAGAGGCCGAGGAGUGGGCCACCGUGAUGAUGUCUUCACUAAGAGAGGCACACAGAGUUGCAAAUGUGGAUACAUACGAAUCAGACAGCAAACAGAACAACACGGCAGUGGCGAAGGAGCAGUGGAGCUCAGCCUCGCUCCCGCUCAGCGAGGAGCUGUGUUUGGAGCUCACCAGGGCAAUCGAAGCCGGCGACACGCAAGCUGCUUCACAGCACGCGUCCGCGCUGGCUCGACAGAAAGCGGCGCUGACGAUACAGCUGUCGGAAAAAAACUACGCAGAUGGGGAAAUCAGUUUAUCUGUGGUGGUGGAGGAUGUCUCCUCGUCCUGUUGCGUCACAGUGAAAGUGUUUCCCUACAUGACUGUGGCUGCACUCAAGCAACAGGUAUUUCUCGAGUACGGUUUCCAUCCUCGCGUCCAGCGCUGGGUGAUCGGUCAGUGUUUGUGCACCGAGCCGAGGUCAUUAGCUUCCUACGGGGUGCAGAAGGAUGGCGAUACAGCGUACCUAUACUUGAUCUCUGCCCGGCAAGCCCGGAUUACCCGCCAGCUGUUCCAGCAGGACCUGGAGAGUGCCCUACUCACCACACCUCUCCCCCCAGGCAACGGGCCCACCUCCCAGGACUGGAGGGGUUACAACACCCUCCCUUCAAGGCUUCCCCACAACAACCAGGGUACAGGUGGAGGGAGCGACAGACCAGGUGACAUCAAAGAUGUUCUCGACAUUGAGAAGCUGCAGCUGAAUGAUCAUACAAGCAAAGCGAGUAAAACACAGCAGACAGAGUGGGCGUGUCCCUCGUGCACUUUCAUCAACAAGCCAUCUCGUCCCGGCUGCGAGAUCUGCGCUACAGCCAGACCUGACACACAGAGCUUUAUCCAGCAGGAGAAAGGAAGGCGAGAGGAUCGGGGAGAGUCUGGUUUAAGCAGCAGCUGACUGCCCUUCAUCACUGUUCUGUUUUCACUUCUCACUCACUCGCACGCACACAUACAUACACACAGAGUGAGAAGACUAAUUCUGCCACUUACAUGUUGACAAAAUACUUACACGAAGCCUGUCAAGUGCACUGAGAGUCCUCUGACAGCUGGCUGGCUGCUGAAGACGGGGCCGUUUGAAGCGCUGUAGCAUGACGCAGAGCUGCACCCUUCGCUGCUCAGACGAUGAACUGCUGACGCGAAGCUUUGACAGUUUAUAUGGACAUGACCUGACCAUGACAUACAUCUGCAUCGGGCCAGAUCUCCUUGCUAUUUAUUUUCCUGUGUGCGUGCGUGGGUGUUAGUGAGUGUGUGUGUGUGU